AUGAUACAGGGCAUAUUCUACGCUAGAUUCUUCCCCCAAGAAGGACCAAAAAUCGUCGCACAGUCACCGCCAGGCUGCGUCACAUCUACAGACCCCACGGCACGCUCGCCGCUCAUCGACUUUGACGUCCUUCAAGAAUACAUCAUUCCCCGGCAAGCAUUCUGCAACCGCUAUGUCACAAUAAACUCACCAGAUGGCAAGUACGCCAUCCUGGGCUACCCCGUCGUCAUCGGCCACACAAAGUAUCAGCGCAACGAGUUCAUCUUCAACUUUGGUCUGCUCGUCGAGACUGAUGUGCCGCUAACGGCUUAUGAACGCGUUGUUCGCUGUCUCGCGUCCACUUUUGCCGAAAUGGAAAAGCAAAACGAAUAUCUCAGCCUCAGCGAAGACAAACAUGUAGACGAUGGCCUGACGCGGCGAUCAAUCGAGGGCCUUCUCGAGAUCAUCAAGGAGGAUCUCAACAACUAUGGUGAAUGCAUGAUUCCUGUUGACGAGGCUAAUACCCUCAACAUGAAGCUCUUCCCGUACCACCCCAUACCGCCACCCGUUCGCGGAUGGCACGUCCCUGUCGCCAAGACCAAAUUCUCAGACAUCAUCGAUCCGACAUGGGAUCUCACGUUACAAAAGAUCAUCUCCAAAAUUGACGGCGUCUCAGACGUCCGCCGCAUCGCCCAUUCUGCCGCCGUAUCCAUCGACCUUGCCAAGACCGCCCUCCGCCAUCUCCUCUACUACGAUACCAUCCUGCUUGUCGACAUUUUCUUCUUCAGCUCCUGCUACGCGCCGCGGCCCGCCAUCCACGACUUCAUUAGCAACAAGGACGGCAUGGUGGACGAAUGUGCCGGUUAUGUGUCCCACGGCUCUGCGCGCGUUAGCAAUUUCAUGCUGAUCAAACUCAUGAUGGGCUUUGCACCAGGCAAGAGCAUCAAGGAAUGGAUUAUGAACCAGCAAGACGCAGGUUUCGAUGUGAUGCACUACGUUGAUAUCAGGCGACUCGUCCAGUUUGGCGUCAUCAAGGGCUGUCUCUACCGCGUGCACAAGUACGUCGUCUCGAAACAGUACCUUGCUGGCCUGGCGACGGGCCAAAGUCGACCAGUUGAAGGCGGCGACCCUAUGCAAAAGUACACCGACGGAUGCCACCACUUUGACCAGAUCAUCACGGAACAGAAUCUCACAAACGACGAAAUCAUGGACAAGUUGAAGAGUCUACCUGUUCCGCGGGGCGACCUGGCCGUCUUUCACAAGUAA